AAUGGAUACGAGUUUUCUUUUCGUCCUCUCAAUUUCUUGUUCGUUCGUACAGGUACUAGGAAGUAUCGGUAGUGAUAUCAUUGCCACUACUGCCAUGGGAUCCUCAGCAACACCCGUCACCAGUAAUCGCCGGUUGCUCGUUCUGUUAGCAAUGGUUGUCGUACCCGUACAAGCAUUUAUUGGAGGCAGUCGUGUUGCUCUUCGCUCGGCAUUGCCAUUCACGUCCACCACAGCAUCCUUUUCGGCAACAGUGGGAUGCCACCACCCUCGGUUGCAUUCGAACGAUUCCAAUUCCAACAGUUUCUCGGAUUGCAAAAGCUUUGGUGCGGCAAUGGCGCGAUGGCAUUCUACCAGUGGUCGGAGAACCACCUCGCUGUUCGAAUCGGUGGCAAAUGGUUACUAUCGUAAUACCAAUAGCGAUGAAAUCCCACUGGAAAAGCUCUUGCAAAAGGCUUCUGGCAUCGUUCGGGACUACAGCAGAAAAAACCGCAAUAGCGAUUCUGAUUCACCAGCAGUAUUUUCGCUCGAGGCCCUCGGAACCCAAGCAGUAUACGAAAACACGCUGUUCUUCCCUUCGUUUUACAAUGCCGGUGUUGGCGCCAACAAAAAAUCAUCGCCAUCAUCGUCCACCACUGGGAUGACGGAGCGUGGGUUUUCCAACUGGAUCCUUCCCGGGAAAAUCAUGGUGGGGCAAUACCCUGGAAGGGUUCCGGAGAAGAACACCCCGACCGAAACAGAGGUACGGGCGCACCUUGGAGAAGUCCUGGAGGCCUCGAGACGUAGCGAUGCCACAACCAAUGGCGGGGUUUGUUUCGUGAGCCUACAAUCGGAACUCCCGCCGCAGGACGACUACGAUAGCUGGAAGGCCAGCGGCGGCGAGAUCUACCUCGAGGGUGACGCCCGGAGCGAGUGGCCGAACCCUUUUUCGCACUACGCGCCUACGGUGGAGUGGGUUCGUUCCCGAAUGGAAACGGACGGCGACGGGGACUCUGCAGUGGAGGUCCAAUACCUGCACCACCCCAUUCGGGAUUUGUCGGUUCCUUCCAAUUCCAAGCAUUUACGGCUCUUACUCUGGAAGAUACUAGAGGUUCUAGAUAAUAGGGAAAGCGAUGGCAGCAACAGCGAUAGCAUGGUAUACAUUCAUUGCUGGGGCGGCCGGGGCCGGGCGGGCCUGACCGCCUGCUGCCUCUUGGCGCUCCUGCACUUUGCCUCCGAGGGGGGCACGGACGGCGGCGGCAACCACGACGACAACCUCAGUGCGAUCUUCGACAUUGUCCAAACCGGGUACGACUCCCGGCUGGGAUCCGAGCACAUGCCACUCGCUCUCUCCAGGUCCCCGCAGACCGAUUCCCAGCGAGCCUUUGUGGCCGGCUUUUACGGGGAGGUCCGAGCCGCCGCGGCCGAAGCGGGGAAGAACGGCAACGCAAAAUGAACCGAACCGAAGUUGAACCGAACCCAAAUGGAUGGAACAAACGAAUAGAAUAGAUCGAUGGCUACAAAAAAUACGAACCGCCGCAUUACCUGUGCUGGCAAUCGCAAGUACAACCCAUAAGAAACGCACACGUGAGUAAACAUAAGUAAUAUGC